UAAUGUUUGUGUAUAUCUCUUUCGUAAAAGGAGGAGUACUUUUUAGAAGGAACGCCGCCUGUGUAUUAACGCUUUUUUUUAAACAUGAAAAGAACUACAUACUCUUAUAAAAACAUUUAAUAUAUUAUUAAUAUAAAUAAGAACUUUGUGAAAUAUUAAAAAAGAACAUAAAAAACUUUAGAUGUGAAUUUUGUUGGAAAUAUAUAUACAUUAAAUAUAUUAAAUUACUGGAUGAGCCGUGUCCCAGUCAGCGACAGACAGUCGUGUUGUGUCAACGUAACCCACGGCAGCACUGACGCCUCUUCGGUAAUUAACCAAACAAAAUGGACACCGAGAUAACGAUUAAGUGAAUUUUUCGACGACUAUUUUACAUGGAAUGUGCAAGAAAAUGGGAUCAGCGCCUAGUAAACUAGUGCAAAACAGAGAUACAAAAAUGGGUACGUUAAUAGCUUUAAAAGAGAUUGCUCAAUACUCUCUUAAGCCUGAAAUGGAGGCGAAGAGUCCUGCUGCGUAGACAUGGACUCGUACGACCUGUUUGGUGAAGAUGUCAGUGGCUCAAUGCUCGAUACUCUUCCUGAUCUUGGGGGGAACGAUCAUUUUGACCCUGCGAGUACAAGUAAUUCCGUGGUAGUAUCAAGAGAUGGUCCAAACCCUGGCACUAAUGGAGGAGGGAGUUACAUUAGCCAAUCUUAUAUUUCACAAGAAUCGCCUCUUCAAAAAUUGACUUCAUUCGGUGGAUCUGAAUUUGGAAAUUCUAAUCAGUUACAAAAUCCAUCUCAGCGCAGUAUGUUUAACCAAAAUCUAGGAACGUUCGAUAGUGGAACGCCACAACGUGCUAUGGUGCCAGGAGCUUUUCAAAAUCAAGCUCGUAGUAUGGCACCUCAACAUAGGGGGCCUCACCCUGGUAGUGGUGGCCAAUAUCCUAGUUAUAAUGAUAAUAUGUAUUCUAUGGAACAGCAACAUUCAAUGGCUAGACCUAAUAUGAAUAUAGACCCUAAUAUGCAGGGUUGGCCAAGUAGUAGUAGUGCUUAUCCUCAAAUGCAAAGGCAUUAUAAUCAGAUGGCACAGCAACCUGCUACUUAUCGGCAGCAUAUGCCACCACAGUAUUCACAUCAGCAAGAUCAAGCUGGUGUAAUGAAUCAGAAAUUACAACAACAGCAGCAGCAACAGCAGCAACAACAACAGCAGCAGCAGCACUUUAGUACACAACAAGGAAUGAUAGGAAAUAUGGGAGUAGCAACUCAUCAAGUAAUGCAAAGUGGUGGAACAGGCAGUGUCUACCAACAUAUUGUUGGGCAACAGCAACAACAUUAUCAACAAGGAAAUUCUGUUGCGAUGUAUCAAACUUCAUCAGGGUAUCCUGGUUUUACAUCAGCCAUGCAUCAACAGCAACAGCAAUCGCAGCAACCUCCACAAAGAAUGCCUCAUCAUCAUCCACCUCAUCCACCUCAUCAGACACAUCCUUCGCAUCCCCAGCAAUAUUCACAACAUUCGCAGCAUUCUAAUACGCAACAACAGCCAAUGGAUUCUCAAUAUCCACAUCAUACAACAUCCAUGUUUAAUCAACCACAGCAUUCUGGUCCUGCGGCACAAUUUAAUACUAAUAAACAUGCCACCAGUCCUCAAUAUCGUGCUGCUUUUCCACAAUUGUCACCACAAAUGUCUCCAAGACCUCAGAUGUCUCCGAGACCACCUGCUGUACAACAGCAAAUGUCUCCAAGACCAAUUAUGUCUCCUGCUAAGCCAAGUACAUUAUCUCCUCAUCCUCAUGUACAACUUCCUCAUCAACAAUCAAAUCAGCCUAAUUCAAUGUCAGUUUCUCCAUGUCCACCUUCUUCAAUGCAGAUGAAUCCAUCAUCUCAACAAACUACUUUACAAGCGCUUGAGCAAAUGGUAAUACCAGGUGUUGCUGUAUCUAAUCCAAAUGUACCUGCUCAAGAUUAUAAUCAAUUUCAAACACGACCGCCAUUGUCCCAAGCACCAAAUGUUUUACAACAAUCAACUGCACAAAACUCUAUACCACAAAUUUCUGGACCUAGAAUGCCAAUGUCUGCACAGUGGUCACAUCCACAACAGCAGUCACAGGUUAGGCCAAAUUUGGCUGUCAGUGAUGAUAGAAAUAUAGUUGAAAAUCAACCUCCUGUAGUAUCAGAAUCUAGUGCUCCAUUAUUUCCAGUAUCUGGAACAGAAGCUAUUCAUAGUGGAGCAGAAACAUCAGUAAGAGAUUCUACAGAAAAUGUACAAAAUUCUACAGAACAAUCAACACAAGGCUCUGAAUCUAUAGAUCAGUCUACCCAAAAUCAGAAGUCAGAUAUGCUUAGUUCUGGCAGUGAAAACUCAGUGCAAACUACUUCACAAAGUAAUACUAAUUUAGAUCAUACUUCUGCAUCGUCGACACAUGUGCAUAUGGAAGCAGUACAAUCUUCUGCAGCAUCUAGUACAAGUGGAAAUGUAGAUUGCGGAAAUGUAUCUUCGAUGCAGCAGCAACAAUCUGUCACAGGAAUACUCUCUACUACUGUUACUAAUAUGGAAAAUGAAGUUACAUGUGAUACAAAACAGCAUGAUCAGACUAUGGAAAUUGCUUCUGUUCAACAUCAUCAAACAACCAUGGGAAAUACGAUAUCCCAUCCACAUCAGCCUGUAAUAAAUCAAACGCAACAGCCACAACAGCAACAACAACAACAACCACAACAACAAUCUCAACUUCAACCUCAAUCUCAACCUCAAUCUCAAUCUCAGCCUCAGCCUCAACCUCAGUCCCAACCUCAACCUCAAGUUCAGUCUCAAAUUCAGCCUCAAGUUCAGUCUCAAAUUCAGCCUCAAGUUCAGUCUCAACCUCAACCUCAAGUUCAGUCUCAAUCAACCUCNCCUCAAGUUCAGUCUCAACCUCAACCUCAAGUUCAGUCUCAACCUCAACCUCCAGUUCAGUCUCAACCUCAACCUCCAGUUCAGUCUCAACCUCAACCUCCAGUUCAGUCUCAACCUCAAUCUCAACCUCAAUCUCAACCCCAACCCCAAUCCCAAUCUCAACCUCAAUCUCAAACACAACAGCCACCAGUAUUACCACAACAAGUGCAGCAACCAACUCUUACUUGUCCUCAACAAGUACAGCAAAUUCCAAUAAUAAACCAAUCUCCAAUGGUUUCAUCACAAAAUCCAUCAAUGCAACCAGGGCAAAUACAGCAGCCUCAGUUAGGACAAACGCAGCAAACACCAAUUACUCAAACAACGCCAAUACCACCUCAGCAGCCAUCACAAUCAUUGCAAACUCUUGGCCCAACUCAACAACAAUCUCAAGUAGCACAACCUCAGCAACCUGUAAUAAGUCAAGCUCAACAACCUCAACAAUCUCAAAUUCAACCAAUACAACAACCUCAAUCUCAAAUUCAGUCGACACAACAACCACAAUCACAAAUGGGACAACCACCUCAGCAAAUUCCAGUUUGUGUAGCUCAAGCACAAGGACAACAACCUCAAUCAAUUAUGAAUCAACAAGUUGGUAUGAUCUCCCAAAGUACCCCAAUGAUACCAAAUCAAAUUCCUCUUCAGGCUCAGCUGCAAUCUCCAAUACAAAAUUCUUCUCCACAAAUACAAUCUCAAACCAAUCAAGUUCCACCUACGCAUUUAACUACUGCUCAACAAGUACCUGCUGUUAGCCAAACUAGUGGAAUAGUAAUGACACCUCAUCAACCUACAGCUCCUGUGUCAAAUUCUCAAACUCCACUUCCAGUACAAUCGAAUUUCAAUGAAUAUACGAAUAUUCCAAAAACUAAUACUAUGUACACAAAUGACGUGAUGGUAGCAUCAGGACAGCAAUAUCAUUCCGGUAAUGAUGUAAUCACUGGUAAUACUGUACCAAAUAUGUAUGGUGUUUCAUCUAAUACAAAUCCUACAUCUGUCGGUUCUACUCCAUUCAAUACAUCUUGUGCUCCAGUAACUCAUCAUCAAGAAAGAGCUGCUUUGCAACAGCAAUUACAGGAACUGUACUGUAUGCCACCAGCUCCAGAAAAUCAAGAAAAAAUAGUGUCCUUGCAAGAAAAAUUACAAGCUUUACAGCAACACGAAACAAAUGAUCAGUGCAAUGGUGGAACACAAUGCAUUUUGCAAACUCCUAUGUUCACAGCAGCUGUUGUUGAUAGCCCACAGGUAUCAAGUACUACUGGUCGUGGCCGUGGUAAAGGUACAUCAAGGGCUAAAAAGAACAGAAAAAAAGCAGAUAAAGAAGCUGCUGCUCCUCCAGCAAGUACACAGGCGCUUGUUCAACCUGAACAACCUUUAUCAGAUAAUCAAGUAACACCUGGAGACAGUAGUAAUAUCGUUGACAGUGCUGCUGAUUCUGAAGAUAUGAAACCAUCGUCUGGUGAUAUGGAGGAAGAUUGGAAUAAGGGUAGAAAAUCACGCAUUCCGCGUAAACCACGUAAGCCAAAAGAACCGAAAGAACCUAAGGAGGCUAAGGUUAAAAAGGAACCAAAACCACCUAAAGAAGCUAAGUCUCCUAAAGGUGCUAGAAAAAGAAAUAAAGAUAAAGACUCAACAAAACGUAAUAGAAAAAAAGUUAAUCAAUCUGAGUCUGCUGAUGACGAUACGGUACAAGAAGCAGAAGAGACUGUUGUCGCUGAUUCGAGCGUAGUCAAAGAUUCAGAAACAAAACUUAAGGAAAUAUCAAGUCAAGACGAUCAGGAACAAGUUGAUUCUUCAACGACCGAGCCCUUAGUAAGUGAAACUAAAGAGGAGGAUAAAGUAGAAUCAGAAAUUCCAGAUGAUGAGAAAAAAGAACAAAAUACUGAAGCAGCAACAACGGGCUCAGAAACGCCGGCUUCUAGUAAGAAAAAAGGAACGUCUCGGAAAAAAUCUUCCAGUAAAUCUUCUGGUGGGAAAUCUGGCAGAAGUUCUAAGAAACGGAAAAGUCGUAUUGCACCUGACUCUGAUGGCGAAGAAUUAGCUGCAACACCACCACCUUCACCAGAAGCUGGAGAUGACAAUAAAAGACGUUCUGCAAGGAAUACUCACCGUAAAAAAUAUGUUGACGAUGUUAUGCUACGAUUUUCAGACGAUGAUGUUCCUCUUCAGGAGGCUCAUUUGUCGAAAAAAUCUGAAGGUGCAAGUACAUCUAAAGUAGCAGCUGUUAAGAAAGAUAAUGAGGGUGGUGAAGUGGGACAAAACAAGCCUAAUUUUGUAUAUAUUAAUACGACUGAUGAAGACUCAAUGGUUGUGCAACAUAUUCUAUGUACCCGUAUGGGAAAAAGAGAAGUUAAGCCGCCAGUAUUACCUGACAUAAAACCAGAGCCUAGUGUGUCCGAAGAGACCAAGGAAAAUGCAACUGAAGAUGCUGUACUAUCUGAAACACAUACAACAGAAGAGAAAGAAAAAUCGGAAGAAUCUGAAAAGGAACCGUUGGUAGAAAGUACGGAUAAAGAAGUAAAUGAUAAUGAUAAUGACGAUGAUAAAGAUAAGGAUAAGGAUAAGGAUAAUGAUAAGGAUCAAGAUAGUGAUAAAGAUAAAGAUAAUGAUAAAGAUAAUAAGGAUAAAGAUAAUAAUAUAGAUAACGAUAUAGAUAUAGAUAAAGAUAAAGAUAAAGAUACAAAAACAGAGGCGUGUGAUGCUGAGAAUGAAGAAAAAAAGCUUGAUUCUGAUAAACAAGAGGAUGCUGCCAAAGUAGUUGAUUCUAAUACAUCAGAAAAUAGUGUAGCAGAAGCAAAGCCACAGAUGAUAGAAGUUGAAGAAUAUUUUGUUAAAUAUAGAAAUUUUUCAUAUUUGCAUUGUGAAUGGAGAACGGAAGAGGAACUCUAUAAGGGUGACAAACGUAUACAAGCUAAACUAAAAAGGUUUAAACAAAGAUUACAUCAGAAUACUAAUAUAUUUGAAAAUACAGAAGAUGACCCAUUCAAUCCAGAUUUUGUCGAAGUUGAUAGGGUGUUGGAUGAAGCAACUCAUACAGAUCCAACAACUGGAGAAACUGUCAGACACUUUUUAGUUAAAUGGCGUUCUUUACAGUACGAAGAUUCUACAUGGGAAUUAGAAGAAGAUGUAGAUCCUGAAAAGAUAGCGCAAUUUCAUAAAUUUAAUAAAUUACCACCAAAGGAUCAAUGGAAGCCUAAAAAGAAACCAAAUGCAUCAGCAUGGGUUAAACUAGAAGAGUCACCGAUUUAUAAAAGCAAUAAUAGUUUACGACCAUAUCAAUUGGAGGGUCUUAAUUGGCUUCUUUUUUCUUGGUAUAACGGACAUAAUUGUAUACUUGCUGACGAGAUGGGUUUAGGAAAAACGAUUCAGUCAUUAACAUUUGUCGAUGCUGUGUAUAAAUAUGGUAUUCGUGGUCCUUUCUUAAUAAUAGCACCUCUAUCGACUAUUCCAAAUUGGCAAAGAGAGUUUGAAAGUUGGACUGACAUGAAUGUUGUAGUAUAUCAUGGAUCAGCAGCAAGUAGAACCAUGCUACAAGAAUACGAAGUUUAUUAUAAAAAUGAAAAAGGCCAACAGAUAAAAGAUUUAAUUAAAUUCAAUGUCCUCAUAACAACUUUUGAAAUAAUCAUUACGGAUUUCAAUGAGCUACGUGGGUACAAUUGGAGACUUUGUGUUAUUGACGAGGCUCAUAGACUGAAGAACAGAAAUUGUAAACUGCUUGAAGGCCUUAGACAAUUGAAUUUAGAACAUAGAGUAUUGUUAUCUGGUACUCCUUUGCAAAAUAAUGUGAAUGAACUAUUUUCCUUAUUGAAUUUCCUUGAACCAGUUCAAUUUUCUAGUAGUGAAGCGUUUCUUAAAGAAUUUGGAAAUUUGAGUAGUGAAGGUGAAGUUCAAAAAUUACAGCUUCUUUUAAAACCGAUGAUGUUACGUCGGCUUAAAGAAGAUGUUGAAAAAUCUUUGGCACCUAAAGAAGAGACUGUAGUAGAGGUGGAAUUAACCAAUAUACAGAAAAAAUAUUAUCGUGGCAUUUUAGAAAGAAAUUUCUCCUUUCUUGCUAAGGGUACCACAUCUGCUAACAUUCCAAAUUUAAUGAAUACAAUGAUGGAAUUGAGAAAAUGUUGUAUUCAUCCAUUCCUUCUUAAUGGUGCUGAGGAUCAAAUUCAAUUAGAUUACAAGACUGGUGACAAGGAAGAUUCUGAGGCCUAUUAUCAUGCAUUAGUAAAUAGUUCCGGAAAAAUGGUUCUCAUUGAUAAAUUAUUACCGAAAUUAAAGGCUAGUGGACAUCGAGUUUUAAUAUUUAGUCAAAUGGUCAAAUGCCUUGAUUUAUUGGAAGAUUAUUUAUUAUAUAAGAAGUAUCCAUAUGAAAGGAUAGAUGGCCGAAUAAGAGGAAAUUUAAGGCAGGCAGCUAUUGAUCGGUACAGUAAGCCUGACUCAGAUAGAUUUGUUUUCUUACUUUGUACGAAAGCAGGUGGUCUUGGUAUCAAUCUUACUGCUGCAGAUACGGUUAUUAUAUAUGACAGUGAUUGGAAUCCACAGAAUGAUUUACAAGCACAAGCUCGUUGCCAUCGAAUCGGUCAACAGAAAAUGGUAAAGGUUUAUCGAUUGCUCUGUCGAAACACGUACGAAAGAGAAAUGUUCGACAAGGCUUCUUUAAAACUUGGAUUAGAUAAAGCCAUUCUUCAAUCAAUGAAUACAAGUCAAGGUGGCAAGGAUCCUAGUAAUAAACAAUUGACUAAAAAAGAGAUUGAAGAUUUGUUAAAGAAGGGUGCUUAUGGUGCUAUUAUGGAUGACGAUAAUGCUGGAGAUAAAUUCUGCGAAGAAGACAUUGAUCAGAUUCUUGAAAGAAGAACUCAAAUUAUAACGAUCGAAGCUGAGAAAGGAUCUACUUUUUCAAAAGCUAGCUUUGCUUGUUCUUCUAAUAGAUCAGAUAUUAAUAUCGAUGAUCCAGAUUUUUGGAAGAAGUGGGCUAAAAAAGCUGAAAUCGAUACAACCGAAAAGAAAGAGGAAGAUGAAUUAGUUAUUUCAGAACCUCGACGACGCACACAAAUUAAACGUUACGGACAUGACGAAUCUGUAGUUGAUAUGUCAGAAUUAGAUAGUUCGGAUGAUAAUAGUGAUGAUGAAACUAGUGGUGGAUUAACAGGCAGAGGUAAAAAACGAAGAGAUAAAUUUGGAAAAAAAUCUCGUAAAUUUUACGAUGAAUACGUGCCACGAGAGGGAGAAGUUGUCUAUGGUAGUUGGGCACGAAGUGAGUGUUUCAAAGUAGAACGUGGACUUUUAACAUUUGGUUGGGGACGUUGGGAAGAAAUUUUGCAGCACAGUCAAUUUCGUCGUGGUUGGCGCGAAAUCGAUGUUGAAGAUUGCGCAAGAGUAAUAUUACUAUAUUGUCUUCGUUAUUAUCGUGGUGAUGAAAAAAUUCGUAGUUUCAUUUGGGAUCUUAUAACACCUUUGGAGAAUGGAGAAAAAGUAAAGAACGUAUCUGUCGGUACGAAUUCGAGAAAUAGUAGACAAAAGAAGAAGGCUCGAGUUAGGGAAGGUAGAGAAACUCGAGGAUCUCUUAUAAAUGGUGGACCAAGUGAUCCUAAUCAUUGGAGCAAUGCAGAAAAGUACGAUGGCGAUAUCUUUUUGGAAAGUAACUAUAGGAAACAUUUAAGCCGACAUGCUAACAAAGUAUUGUUACGCGUACGAAUGCUGUAUUAUAUCAAACAUGAAAUCAUUGGUGACUUGGUGCAACAUAUUUCCGAUGGCGUCCACGUCAGUGCUUUGCGGAUAAACCCUCCGCAGUUCACGGAACGACCAGCGAAAUGGUGGGACUCGACGGCAGACAAAUCCUUAUUAGUUGGCUGCUACAAACAUGGCUACGAGAAUUACGACCAGAUGAGGAUCGAUCCCGCGCUUUCUUUCAUUUCAAGCUGUCCUCCCCCUUCUUCCCAGUCUCAGAUUACUCAACAGAACAGCAGUAGCAGAGAUGAAAAUAGUUUAGAAAAUGAAACGGAAGACGCCGAAUGUUCCAUCGUUAAAGAUUCCAAAGAUUCAGACAAGUUUACUCGAGAAACGCCGAUAGAUUCACCAGCUAUAUCUAGCAAAGCUGAUACACCUAUACCUGAAGCUAGUAGUAGCCAUGAUGGAAAUGAAGUUCUUAUAGAAGAUGAUAAAACAUGGCCAUCUGUUGUUGAUCUAAAUACACGCUUACGUCGAGUAAUUUCUUCGUAUCAGCGUAGUGUUACUAAUAAAAAAGAGGAUGUUAAGUUAUUACAAAAGAAUAAGAUUGGUAUGGAAAAUGAAACUGCGACUACCGCUAAUCAUACAGGAACGACAAUCAAUGAACCACCAGCGAAUAUGCAAGGAUGGGAUUUGCAACAAUUAGCUAUGUAUUUACUGAAAAUGGAAAGGAGAGAAAAAAUGGAAACCAUGGCAAAGGAACGAGAACGUACACGUAUCGAAGAACAAAAAACAAAAUGGUCUCGUAGGGAGGAAAGUGAAUUUUUACGUGUUGUGUCGACUUAUGGUGUCAAUUAUGAUAGAAAAAAGGCACAAUAUGAUUGGACCAAAUUUAAAAGUAUUGCAAGAUUUGAUAAAAAGACGGAUGCAGAUCUUACAGACUAUUAUAUGUCGUUCAGAGCUAUGUGUAAGAAGGUGUGCAACGCUAAAUUGAAUGAAGAAGAAGAUUUUGCAGAUGUUCCAGUUGACCAUUUAAGUCCUGCUAAAGCAAGACAGAUAUUGGAUCGAGUCGAUUUAUUAAGUAAAAUACGUGAAGAAAUUUUAUCACAUCCUCAUUUAGAGGAACGUUUGUCGUUGUGUCAGCCAUCAGGUGAUACACCAGAAUGGUGGCAACCUGGUAAACACGAUAAGGAAUUGUUACUUGGUGCAGCGAAACAUGGUUUAGGGAGAACCGAUAUAACUAUAUUAAAUGAUCCUGAUUUCUCUUUUCAUAAAAUUUUAGGAAAAAGUACUAGCUUUAUUGGUACGCAAACUCCUAAACUUCCAGAUAAAUCAGAAAAGGCUAUUAAAAUAGAGAAUAGAGAAGAUAUAUUGAAAUUCGAUAAAGAUGAAAUUUUGGUGAAAUUAGAAAAAGGUGAAGGAACAUUAAAGAUAGAAAAGAUAGGAGCUAAGAGAGAUCCUAUCUCUGCUGAGAAGAAAGCAGAAAAUGCCGAAAUAGAAAAAAGUCAAGUGGAAUUGACAAUAGUCAAAGCUGAAACAACUAAAGUUGAAGAGAAACCGCAAGUCGUAUUGCCGCCUAUUAGCAAUACGCUUACUAUUUCUACAGUAACGAAAAGUAUAUCCUUAGAGAAAGAUAAUAAUGUUAAUAAGAUCAAAGUUGAGGAGAAAUGUGAACAAACUGUGGAUACGACAAAAAGUGAAAUAACAACUAAUCCUCCUAAUGAUAAUUCUAUUGGAACUUCGAAAUCAACAGACGAAUCAAUUAUUACCGAAGAAACUCCACCCUCAAAUGAAGAAAUUCCUGUUAAUAAUAAAAUUGUUGAAACGGAAAAGUCCGAUGAUCAAAGUAAAGAAAAUAGUACAUCUAAAGAAUUGUCUAAUAACUCUGAAGAACAAUCAACGCAAGAUAAUCCCGUAGUAGAAAAUAAUGAAAAACCUUCUUCUGAAAAUAAGGAUAUUAAUACAGAAUCAGUUACAGAUAAAGGUACGGAUACAUCGGAGAAGAUGGAAACAACUGAGGAUAUUAAACCUAACAUCAAAACUGACAAUUCCACUACGACUAAAGAAGAAAUGGAAGUAGUAGUAGAAGAUAAGGCUGCUGCUGAUGCUAAAGAUAAAGCCAAAGUAUCUAAAAUUGAGGAUAAGUGUAGUGUACAAGCGGCAGAACUUAAAGCAAUGUUUCCUGAUUUAGAAGUUAUACAGCCAUUAUCACGAUUAACCCAAAUCGAUACUUUUGUUCUACGGGAUAAAACAAUAGAUUAUAAUGAACCCACUAUUGUACAGCUUUUAGCUCACAGUUGUAAUAAUGCUUCUUUGAAAUGGCCAAAAGAGCAUGCAAUCGAAGCACGUUUAAUGCAUAUCGUACAUGCAAUAGAACAUAAAGAAUGGCCUGUGUCGAUAAACUUCAGCGCAGGAGACGAGGUAGAUGCAACGACUUCUAAUGAGAAGGAUUGUUCAGAAGUGAUUACAAUAACGACAGAUCAUGGAGUGUCACGAUCUCCGGUAGCCGGAAAUAAUAAUGUAUCUGCUGCUAGUAAAAAGAGAAAAAGACAUAUUGCCAUAGAUGUAGAAACUGAACGAGCCAAACUUCAUGCACUUCUGAAUAGUAGUCAAAUACAAUCUCAACCGCCGACCCCAUUGAGCAAACCAACAAUCCUUUCAAGUUCUUCGACUACUUGGGAAGUUAAUGAAGAAUCACAAUCUGAGGAUUCACGUCGUUCGACACCAGUUCAACCACCUCCGGCACAUCAACAAACGCGAACGCAAAAUAUACCAUUUGAGUUGAAAUAUACUGUUCCUGGUAAAACGACAGUUAUACCAGGUACUUCGAGUACACUAACACCUAUUGAUUUAUCUGCUGGAUAUCCCAAAACAAGUUCCGAUAGCAAUAAAGAUAUUAUGAACGAAGUUCAGGACUUUUCGAUGCCUAAUAAAAAUAAGCAAAGCAAUAGCAAUAAAGGAAAGCUUGAUAGUAUGUUAGACAAGUUAAUGAAAAGAAAAAAUUGUCCUACAGACGAACCUAUAGUUGGAAAGGAAAAGAAACGUCGGAAAUUAGAUGAAAUAGUAUUAGGUUUGAGUGCUGCAAAAGAACAACAAAGCAGCCACUAUCCCGAACAUAAUAAAAAGAACACAAUCACACCUAAUGUCACUGUCACACCAACAUCAGCACCGAUCGGACUUCCUAACCCUCCUGCAAAUACUCAAAAGCCAUUUUCUAUAACCGUCACUUCAAUUCCAUCUUCUCGAGCUUCAGGGACAACUUCCAAUUUACCACCUCCAUCAUUACAUUCGCACAAGGAUAGCUUUUCUGCCUUGCUUGCUCAAGCUGAACAAAAUCGUGAACUCAAGAAACAUCAGCAACAGCAGCAACAACAACAACAGCAACAACAUCAACAACAGCAGCAGCAACAUCAACAGCAACAACAACAGCAGCAGCAACAACAACAACAACAACAAGCUUUUAAUUCAGCUCAUUCUUCUGCUGCAAGUAAUCAUAGAAAAAAUUACGAAGCUAUAAUUGCUGAUAUUAACAAAGUUGCUGAAUAUUCAACGAAAAUUGGAUCCUAUUCUCAUGAGGCAAAAGUUAACAAAUGGUUGGCCGAACAAACUGCUAUAACUGAGCAAUUAAAUGCUGAAUAUUUAAAUGCACCCAGACGACGAAGGCCUCGCGUUGAUCCAUCUUUGUUAGACUGGAAAAAAUUAACAGGCGACGAGAACGUUGCCGUGAUUAAUCGUAUAACUGGAAAAAAGGUUACUGGUAGUAAAGCUCCUCAAUUGAAGCGACUUGGACAAUGGUUGACCGAAAAUCCAAUGUUCGACGUCGACCCAAAGUGGGCCGAAUUGGUAAAAGAACGUGGUAAUCUACCGCACGAUUUGCAAAAGAGAUUACCUGGAUCUGAUAGAUCUGGCGUAAGCAAAGGAAAGAGUCCUGGAAGACCACCAAUGAUGCCAAGUCCAACCAAUCAACAAUCGGCAAAUCAAGCAGCGAAUUUAGCUGCUACGUCUAUGGCAUCUAGUUUGAAUUUCCCUUCGUUGGGCAAUCUUAAUAAUUCCCUUUUAUCUGGACUUUCACUCGGCAAUUUUGAUCCGAAAAACAAUCCUCUUCUAAUGCCAUUCGGUGGUUUACCUAACUUAGGAGCGUUAAGCGGUCUUAGCAAUCUUAGUAAUCUUAGUAAUAUGAGUUUAACAAGUUCGUUAUUUGCCAAUCUUGCUGGACUUGGUUUACCAUCGAUUGCAGGUAUGGAAGCAGCUUUGAGUGCUACCGCGACAAGUACGGCAGAUACAAAUCCAGCUGUAAGUUCGGUUAACAGUAAAAAUACGAGUUCAAGCAGUAUUAGUAGUACUGGUAAACCACGAAACAAAUUGGAAGCUCCUACUAGCAAAACAUCUGUGCCAUCGACGUCAUCGGCAUCGUCGGCAUUACCAACGACGACGCCAUUCCCAUUCUUCUUUCCAAAUCCUAGUCUUCUUUACACGCCAUUAGGUUUAGGUGGUUUAAAUCCUUUCUCAAUGCAACCUGGUGGUGUAUCGUCGGCCUAUGAAAGUCUAGCACAGUGCGGUCUUUUAAAUCCGCCAACGUCAAGUGCCUCGACUGUACGUAAGCCUGCUUCGUCAGCGAGUAGUUCGAGACAACGAGAUAAUAUUGUUGAGUCGUCAAGCAAACGAAAGGAUUCCGAGAAAAAGCCUAGAUAUCCUGUAGAUCCUGGAAUAGCGUUACAACAACAAUAUACGGACUUGGCAUUACAACAUACGGAGGAUAGGCGUCGUAUGGAACAUGAAAAGAGAGAGGCUAUCGAACAGCAGCAACAAAACGAUAUUGCUGAAGCUAAUGAAAGAAGACUCGAAAGAAAAAGUAAAGAACAAGAAAUGAAAGAGGCUUUGGAACAUUUAAGUCGAACCAGUGCGGAGUUGCUAACAAGAAAUCUCGAAGAUGUGCAGCAGCAACAGCAACAACAGCAGCAGCAACAACAACAACAACAACAGCAGCGAUGCAGCGAAAAAAGAAGUAACUCAGAUCGUAAUCAGAACUCGGAACAACAACAACCAUCUACUUCCUUAGAGGUAUCAUUAGAACCUGUACCGAAAAAAUUACGAACCGAGAUUAUUAGCGAGACGGUUGCGAAGACUACAACAGUAACAAGUAAUGAUAAUACGGGAUCAGUCGAUGGAUUAGUGGAGUCAGUUGGUAGAUCAACGAGUACACCAAAGCAGGCUCCUCAAGAAGAUACUUCUACUGUUGCUACAGUUUCUUCCGAGACACCCUUGAACGUAAGCAAAAAGGAACCGACGAGUGAACCUCCUCCAACAACGACGAUUACGAAUGUACCAUCUCCUUCACAGCAAGCUUCGACAACUACGAAAGGGGAUUCGAAUAAUAAAACUCAUGUAGGGGAAAGCGAAGAAGAUGGUAAAGGCGCUAAAAGUAAAAAAUCACGAAGUGGUAAACGAUUGAGUAUUGAACCUCCGCCCGAACGAAAAAAUCUCCGGUCUAGUGCUGGUAGACAAGCAAGAGCUGCGGCAGAACGUCAAGCAAGAAUGGAAUGUGAAUUGCAAUCCGAACAACACCAACAACAACAGCAGCAACAAUCGCAAGAACAAUCGCAGCAACAAACCCAACAACAAGACACUCAUGUUGGAAACGAAUGAACUCGCGUUAAAGUGAUCAAUAGUGGUUUAGUUUCUGUGCUAAAUAAUCGAGACCAAUCGAACUCUUUAUAGUUUAUCUCGAUUUAAAACUACAUGGUUAUUUAUAAUAGCCUAGCUAAUCCAUUUUUAUCGAGUAUCGUUUAUUGCAAUGCGGUAGAGGACUCUUUAAUCUGUGCAUCUCUCUUAAUCGUUUUUUUCUUCAAACAAACACAAGUGCGUUAAAGGACUACUGAAGUAAAUUUAACAUUUUCAGUAGCUUUUUCAUCAAUGUGUGCGAUAAAUGAAGAAAAGGACAUAUACGAUUAAGAAGUGGCAUCUCGCGUAAGUGAAUAUUUAAAGAAUAUAAAAACAGGUUGUUGGUGUGUGAUGUACGUUAAGAGAAUACUUUGGAAACGAGUGAUAAUAUUUUAUUCCUCGAUAAUUUGUGUGGAGAUUAACUUUUAAUUACGUAACAUUACUAUUUAAAGGAA